AAAAAAAUAUUAUACCUCACGGGCAGCCCAAUAUCGCAGCCCUACCACCGAGCCCUCCCUCCCCUAAACCCCAGCGCCGCCUCCGCCCCUGCGCCAUCGCCACGAGGCGCCGCGCCGUCGCCAGCCAACUCCACGACCCGCGCCGCGGAAGCCGCCCUCUCCUGACGCAGAUCCGCCGCAAGACACGGUCCUUUUCGCGGAUUCGCCUCCCAUGGCAGCUGCCGCCGCGGAAGCGGGCAGCGAGAGGAAGGUUGAAAUCCUCGUACGAGACGACGCGCCGAAGCUGCUGGCCGCCCUCAAGGAGAUGAAGGACGGGCUCGACCUCGUCAGGGGAAAGGUUGAGGCCCUCACGCGGAAGGUGAAGGAGAAUCAGCUGCCGACGUCCAAUGGGAUCGGGUACCUAGAAGCGAAGAACCACCUGCUCAUCGGCUACUGCCAGGACAUCGUCUACUACCUACUCCGCAAGGCCAAGGGUCUCUCCGUGGAUGGCCACCCUGUCGUGAGGAGCCUUGUCGAGAUCAGGCUUUUUCUAGAGAAGAUACGCCCCAUUGACAAGAAGGCGGAGUACCAAAUCCAGAAGCUCACCAAUGCAGCUGAUGGUGCAGCUGCUCAAGAGAAGGCACCAAAUGCAGAGGUGAAGGGGAAGGAUGAGCAUUCGGAUGAGGAAGACCUGCUUAAGUAUCGGCCAAACCCAGAUAUGAUGGACACAAAGUCUGCUCCUGAUGGGCAGGUCAAUGAUGGUAUUUACCGUCCUCCAAAAUUUAUGCCUGCCAGCAUGGAUGAUGAGGAUAAGCACCAUAAACAAGCUUUGAGGAGAGAUAAAGCGAUAGCACGAAUGGCAGCGGAAAAUCCUUACCUUAAAGAGAUAAUAAAUGAUGCUGCUGAUAGGCCUGAAGAGUGGAAGGAAACGGUGGGCGAUGAAAGCAAGGAAUUUGUAAAGUACAUGCGACAGAGAGAGCAGCAAGAGAAACAAGAAGAGGAUCUGUUCACUCGAGCUCCAGUAACCAAACGUGAUAAGCAGAUUGAAAAACAAAUCAAGAGGCAACUUCAUGGGUUAGGAGGCCUAGCUGAUGGUUUUGACCUUGGAAUGAACAUGCUGUUUGAUGGAGACAAGGAGGAGGAUGGCGGUUCAAGCAAGCCCCAUGCCAAGAGUGGAAAACGGAAGACACACCAGAAAAGCAAGAAAAGGAAGAGGCAUUAACUCUGACUCACUUAUAGUCCUUCCUCGAGGGAGAUGAGGAAAGAUGAUGGCGGUUCAAGCCAGCCACAUGACAAGAGUGGAAGAUGGCGAAAACACCAGAAAAACAAGUAGAGAGGAGGAUUUGGUUCCAAGCCAUCAAGAGUCCUUAAACAUGGCGAUGCCUGAAUUUGUUUGAGUUGUGCCAAUGUAACGUAUGAAUCAUAGCAUAUACGUACGGCUUAAAAGUAUUUAAAAGUAGCAGCUUUAUGCACCCUUCCUAGCAAUUAUUUCUUGAGUGCUCGAGUCCUUCCAAUGACUGGUGUCUGCUUAUGAUAAAUUGUCUCUCUGGGUUUCUGUUUU